GGUUCGAGAAACAUUUCAAGUUGAGACUUCCGAAGCCGCCUAAGUAAAGUUAAAAAAAUUCAAAAUAUGAUUUUACAUCAGCAUUUCGUAAAAUUUUCGGCAUUAUUUAUCUGUUUAUUACUAAAAGAAAGUCUUGGCGUAGUAACUCAAAAUGCCUGCAACAACAAAAACAGGUGCCAUGAGUGCAUACAAAUGCCGAAUUGCGCCUGGUGCGAGCAACCAAACUAUACGCAAGAUCGUUGUUUUGAUUAUUUGUUGGAAUCAAAUUGCCCAAACGAAUCGGUUUUUUAUCCUCAAGAAAGUUCUAAGUUUAUAAGUAAUCGACCUUUAACAAGUGGUAAGAGCGUUCAAACUGCGAAAAGUGUAAACAGUGUAAAAUAUGAUAGUCAAGAAAUCGUACAACUGAGACCACAACAUAUCAGUUUGCAGCUGCGCGCAAAUCAAAUCCACAUCAUGCCAUUGACAUACUCACGUGCUCUUGAUUACCCUGUUGAUCUCUACUAUCUGAUGGACUUAUCAUAUUCUAUGGGUGAUGACAAGGACAAAUUAUCCGCUUUGGGUGAUAGUUUAGCUGAGGCUAUGGUUAAUAUCACCAGAAACUUUCGCUUGGGAUUCGGUUCGUUUAUCGACAAAGUUCGAAUGCCUUUUACUAAAGUAUCUAGCGCGCUAGAUAAAUCAAAAAAGUCCGUUACCUAUAGUUAUCACAAUGUUAUGCCUUUGAGUAAGGAUACUAAUGAAUUCGCAUAUAAGGUAAAAAAAGCUGUUACUUAUGGAAACAAUGAUGAUCCUGAGGGUGGACUGGAUGCCAUAAUGCAAGCGGUUGUAUGCCGCAAGGAAAUAGGAUGGCGUGAAAAGGCGCGGCGUUUGCUAGUUUUCUCGACGGAUGCUUCUUUUCAUAGCGCCGGUGACGGUAAGCUUGCCGGCUUGAUCGUACCAAAUGACGGAAUGUGCCAUCUGAACAGUGAAGGUUAUUAUACACAUGCGGAGAUAUUGGAUUAUCCAAGUGUUGAAGCGAUAAGGCAUAAAGUCGAAGAGAAUUCUAUAAAUGUCAUAUUUGCUGUCACUAAAGAUGUUUUUAAAACAUAUAAGCGGCUAUCCGAUCAUAUUGAGGGAUCUUCCUGUGCAGUUUUAACAAUGGAUUCGUCGAAUGUUGUGAAUCUCGUACGCGAGGAAUAUAAGAAAAUUUCGUCCACUAUACAAAUGCGAGAUAAUGCAACCCAUCAUGUUAAGAUUAGCUACUAUUCAGCUUGUGGCAAAGAUGGCGCCGAAAUACCAACAUCCAAAUGUGACAAUGUACGCGUCGGCGAUGAAAUUACAUUUACCCUUCAUAUCGAAUUGAAUUCAUGUCCAUCUGAUCCACGCGAUUGGCGAGAAAUCAUACAAAUCUCUCCGAUCGGUAUAAAUGAAAGCGUAAUCAUUGAUCUCGAAAUGCUUUGCGGUUGUGAGUGCGAGGCGCAGCGAAAAACACUCAGUGAGCAAUGUAACGCGCGCGGCAGUCUUGUUUGUGGCGUUUGUGAAUGCGACGAGAAGUAUAUUGGCACCAAUUGCCAAUGCCUUAGUGACACUAUGCCGUCGAAGAGUGAAAAUAAUCACUUCUGUCACGAUAAUACGACGCAAGUGGACUGUAGUGGGCGUGGUCUGUGCUCAUGCGGCGUUUGCCAAUGCGAUAAGCGUGCAAAUCCCAAUGAAGUUAUUUCCGGAAAAUAUUGCCAAUGUGACAAUUUCUCUUGUGAACGUCAUGAACAAAAAAUUUGCUCUGGUCCGGAGCACGGCACAUGUGAAUGUGGAAAGUGCGCUUGUAAGACGGGUUGGGCGGGAGCAGCUUGCGAGUGUCAGUUGUCGAAAGAGACGUGCAGACCACCUGGUGGCGGCCAGCUUUGUUCCGGCAAAGGAACAUGUGAGUGCGGCAUAUGCAAGUGUCAAUCCACGCCACAGGGUUACUUUUCGGGCCAGUACUGCGAGUUGUGUCCGACAUGUUCCAAUCGUUGCGAUAAACUCAAAGACUGCGUGCAAUGCCAAAUGUACAAAUCGGGAAAGUUUAAGAAUUUGCAGGACUGUUUUGGUAACUGCACCAGUGUGAAGACGUCCGCGCUAGAUAACGAAACUAUUGAAGAAUAUGAGCUGAUUGAGGGCGAAAAGAAAUGCACCGCCUACGAUGAUGUUAAUAAAUGUAAAUUCACUUUUAUAUUCAAAGAAAUGGACGACGGCACAGAUGAAGUGCGCGCACAAAGAGAGCCUGACUGUUGGUUGAAGGUGGCUAUUUUAAGAAUUUUAUGUGGUGGCGCCGGUGCUAUUUUGGGCAUUGGUUUAGCCACGCUGCUUUUGUGGAAACUAAUAACGAGAAUACAGGAUCAUCGCGAAUAUAUGCGAUUCGAGAAGGAAAAGUUGUUGGCCGAAUGGAAAACGAACAAUAAUCCACUCUACAGGCAGGCGACUUCUACUUUCAAAAAUCCAAUGUUCCGUUUUUCAAGAAGAAGUAACUAAGCAUAUAAUAUUCAAAGUAUUAUUUAAAUUUAUAAGUUUACUUUGAAAAAAAAUAAUAAUAAAGAAAGCUAUUGGA